CUAAUCAAAACACGGUAUUUCCAUCCAGCACGAAAACAAGCAUCGUGUGCCGCUGGCUUAACAUUUGUCAGUGGUGUUGGGACGAUAUAAGGCCGACAGGCAGCCCGCCAUUAGAAUUGAAGGAAAGAAAGAAGGAGUAAUGGCGGGUUCGCGAAGUGAUCUCAUAUAAAUUAAUGCUCACUUUGCAUCGUUAUUGUGCUGCAUUUUCCGCAAGGAAACAUAUUCUGUCAGAUAGCGUUUAAUAUCGAUAUAUAAUUAUUGUAGAAUGUAACGUGUAGAACAAUCAGAAUCUCAUUUUAUAGUAUUAGCAUUGUACAGGUUAUAUUAUUGAGUUUUUUGUGUGACGUUUAUUGGAUUGUUGUUCCAAAAGUUUCACCUAUAUUUGCAGUCAUAAUAUUUCGUCACAUAGACGUUUUAUAUCAGUAUUACUAAAGAUUUUUACUUACACUUGCGGAUUCUACUCCCGCCUACACAUUGUAUGGCAUAAAUAAAAAGUGCGCGUGUGUAAGAUAAAUCCCUCCUAUAACCUAUCGGUUUUACAAAAGUAUUCGACCAAAUCAUCAGACAAAAGUACACCAAUGACUAGUACACCCAAGUCGGUGAAAGAAGAGAUAGUCGAUAUAUCAGAUGCAAAGGAUAAAUCAUUAAAUGACUCCUAUUUUGAUAAUCGAAAAAUAGCAACUAGAGAUUUGGUGACAAUAGAUUCGAUAAUAAAUCUUGAUAAUUCAGAUAGUUUCGAAUCAUGUGGAAGUCCACUGGAAGCACAGAAAAAUAAAAUUCAUAAUAAAUCAGAACCAUAUUAUGUUGAAAGUUCAAUGGAAGAACGAGAGAGAAUUGCAAGGGAAUCCAGUUUUUCAAAUCUAUUGCAUAAUAGCACCGACUCUGCAAAAUCUGUUAUUCCUGAGUCUUCUGACAGUGAAGAACAUAAUAAUGACAUGCCGUUAGGAAAGAGCAAAGUAAACCCUGAUGGUGUUGCCGAUGUGAUGGCAAAAAGUGUGGAAAACUAUCUACUGACUCCUAAGAAACGUAUCACUAAUAAGGAACAGAAAAAUUCCAUAAUUUCGGAUUCUGAUACUGAUAGCCCUCGUUCGAAGCGCAAUAUUAAGUUAUCGCCGAGAAAAGAAUGGGUAGGGCCUGAUAUUCAAUUGAAUUUGAAAGAUUUAGGUUUGAACAAGCAGUUAGACCCAUGGAUUCAAUCUGUUCAAAAAAAACCAGCAAUGUCUACCAUACCUAUUACAAAGGAUAAGUUGGUAGAAAGACGCGAAGAUCUGAAGGAUCUUCUAAUAGAAGUUUUAAACAAAUACUGUGUCGCGCUUGAAUUGAUCCCGUUACCUGUGUUGGAAAAAUUUCCGAAAUUUGACUCAGACAAUUUCAAGAAGGUGCAAGGUUUGCAUCGGCACGUGAAAGCUAAAUUACGCCUGGUUCAGACGAAGCUAUCACGUCUGGAAAAAGAAAAUGAAGAAAGCAAAUCUCCAGAUGAUUUUGCUGUAUCAUCAAAAUCAACUGAGAUAACAGCUACAUGUGUGUCUGAAAGUCCUUUGACAAGUAAUUAUGAUCAUUUUAAUACGUCGAGUCCAUCGGUAUCCAGAAUGUUAGAAUUCCCUCAAGAAUCGUCCAGUCCAAUAAUGGAGUUACGUAAGAAAGAACAUAACAGCAGCUUCGAAUCGACACUAGCGAGUAAGCCUCCUGAAAUCGCAGCCACUACUAAAAAAAGUACUUUCCAACUGAAAAGACCUGUUAAAGCAGUAUUAAGUACUGAUGUUUCUAAAACGAUAGAAGAAAUGUGGGAAAAGGACCGACGGAUGUCCAAAACAAUGAAUUCUCCAAUGGAUUCUGAAUGUGUCCCUAAAGAUACGUUUAAUAACGAUAUUAAAACUCCAAACAGCAAUGAAAAAAAUACACGUACUCAAAAUAACAUCAAUGAUAGUCUAAAUAAAUGGAUCAGCACUAGUUAUAAUAACUUUCAUGGCAGCCAUCAGACGUCUUCUACAAAAACUGAAACAUUAACACAGCAAAUAGAACAAUUCCCAGCUCUGGGAGAAGAUUGUAAUAUCGAUAUAGAUGAUAAUUUUUCAGAUUUAGAGUCUAAAGUUCGUCAUGCGCAAAGUAACAAAAGUGAUAUUAAGGAAAAAUCAAAAGUCAAAAAAUAUAACAUUGAAAGUGGAAUAUUUACCGGUAACUAUAAAAACGAUGGUGUUAGUGGAGAAUUUGACGGUUUAACGUAUCGACAUUCGCAGGAAUUGUCAAAGAUAUUUCGUCAAAAGUUUGGAUUAUACAUAUUUAGGCCAAACCAAUUACAAGCUAUUAAUGCAACACUUUUAGGAUUUGACUGUUUUGUUUUGAUGCCCACUGGAGGUGGCAAGUCUCUUUGCUACCAGUUACCUGCACUUAUAAGUAUCGGACUGACAAUUGUUAUUUCGCCAUUAAAAAGUCUCAUUUUAGACCAAGUUCAGAAACUUACCUCGCUCGACAUUCCCGCAGCUCACUUAUCUAGCACUUUAACGGACAAUCAAGCGGAAGCAGUGUACAGAGAACUUUGCAAGAAAGAACCUGCUCUCAAAAUAUUAUAUGUAACGCCAGAAAAAAUCUCCGCCUCACAGAAGUUUUGUAAUACUCUGACUAUCUUAUACGAGAGGGAAUUAUUGGCGAGGUUUGUCAUUGACGAAGCACACUGUGUCAGUCAGUGGGGCCACGAUUUUAGGCCCGACUAUAAGAAAUUAAAGUGUCUCAGAGAUAAUUAUCCUAAAGUACCAAUAAUGGCCCUAACGGCAACAGCUACACCGCGUGUUAGAACAGAUAUUUUAUAUCAACUGGGUAUGACUAAUCCAAAAUGGUUUAUGUCAAGUUUCAACAGGCCUAAUUUAAGGUACAGCAUAAUUUCGAAGAAAGGAAAGAAUUGUGUUGCCGAGGUUGUCGGUAUGAUAAAUGAAAAAUUCAGAAACGAAUGCGGCAUCGUAUAUUGCUUAUCACGUAAAGACUGUGACGAAUAUGCUGCGCACUUGAAGGACAAUGGCAUCAAAGCAUUAAGCUAUCAUGCCGGGUUAACCGAUAACCAACGGAGCAAUUGUCAAGGAAGAUGGAUUUCAGAUGAAAUACAUGUGAUAUGCGCGACCAUAGCGUUUGGUAUGGGCAUUGAUAAGCCCAAUGUGCGCUAUGUCAUACACGCUGCCCUGCCGAAGUCCAUCGAGGGCUAUUAUCAAGAAAGCGGCCGCGCUGGACGUGACGGCGAGAUCGCAAAUUGCAUUUUGUUCUACAAUUAUACGGACAUGUAUAGAAUUCGGAAAAUGAUCGAACUGGAUAAUAUGAAUCCACAAGCCAUUAGCACACACAUGGAUAAUUUAUACAAAAUGGUGGCCUUUUGUGAGAACACCACGGAUUGUCGUAGAUCCUUGCAACUUAAUUAUUUCGGAGAAAUAUUUAACAGAGAGCAGUGUACCACAAACAAGGCAACUGCGUGUGAUAACUGCAGAAGUAAAGAGGAGAUUACAAAGUUAGACGUAACGGAAGAUGCGAAGGCGAUCAUGAAGGCUGUGCGAGAUAUCACUAAUAGAAAAACUUGCAACCUUACAUUGGUACUUUUAACAGACAUCUUCAAGGGAUCUGAUCUUAAAAAGAUCAGAGAAUCAGGUCUUGCGCAACAUCCAUUGUACGGUCGCGGUAAACAGUGGAAAAGAGGCGAUAUUGAGCGUCUCUUACGUCAUAUGGUGCUAAAGGAAUAUCUACACGAAAGUAUGUACAUUAAUAACGAGAUAGCUUGUGCGUACGUAAAAAUCGGACCAAAGGCAAGCGAGCUUAUGACGAAAGACGACGUAAAGAUACAAAUCCCGAUGAGAUCGUCGGAUAAAUCUACAAGCGGUGUAGCUACAGUUUCGACAGUUACAAAGAAAGUGGACAUUAUUAUAAAGGAAUUGCAAGAUCGUUGUUACGGCGAGUUAAUGAGCAUAAUAAGAGGGAUCGCCGGAGCUCUGGAUGUAUCUGCUUCUUCUAUCAUGAAUAUGGUAGCCGUCAGGGUUAUGAGCCAACGUUUGCCGGAGACUGAAGAAGCGAUGUUACAAAUUCCGCACGUCACUAGGGCUAACUUUGUUAAAUAUGGGAAAGCUCUCUUAGACAUUACACAGAAAUACGCGGCAGAAAAAACUGUAUUGCUAAACGAGGGUAAUGUAGAAGAAGAGGAAAGUGAUGAUGAUGGAAGCACUUGGAAUGACAACAGUUCUAAUCUCUCCGGCAGCAGCAGUAACGCUCGCCGUGGCAGAAAGCGGAAAAUUCGUAGUAACUCUAGAAGUACUAAUAAAAGAUACAAACGAGGUGGUUCAAGUGCAUGGAGGGGAAGAGGCUCGGCAAGAGGCUCAAAAAGUACUACAGCGACGAAACACAAUGCAACUACAAAGAAAGUGGUAGGGCUUGCUAGUUUCAGCCAAACGAAACAUUAUCGAGCAAAUCCCAAUAGAUACAUGGAUAUUGGUUAAUUAUUGCUUUUGAUUUUUCUAUAAAUUAUUUCUCGAGUUCGUGAUGGUGUAACUUUGCAUAAGCGUGAGAAUAAAAGUAUCUAAAUUUCCCCCUCUGGCGCUUUAGUCAUUUAAUAGAAUCGAAUAAUUUAGUAUUUCUUAUUGCCAUAUUUUUAUAAUUUGCAAUCAUUAAAACAUGUAUAUAAUACAA